AUGCCUAAGAACCUUCAAAAAGCUCUCCAAAUUUACCUCUCUAAGCUCAAGAAACCCACCCCACAACUCUUCAUCCCUCGUAACGCCAUCACAUCUUCUACUAGUUGGAUUUUAUCAGGAUGCAAGUACCCAAAGACCCCUUCAUUUGCAGUCGAUCGUAGCAGACCAGACAGCCAUGACAACGACGCUGCCGCACUCGUCGACAUCGACCGUUUCCAGUUCGAGAACUUCAGUUCCCUCUACUCCAAUGGUAGCGACGAUGAAACCAUCCGCUUAGGAAGCUCGUCUGGUUUCUUGUUCGAGUCGCCCAGGUUCGUCGACCCACCACCUGACCUCCACGCAUCACAGAGAUUCUUCGUGUCUCCCGGCACAUCAGGUUCACUAAUCGAAGAGGCCCGACUGAGCGCGUCGACAUCUGAUGGCAUCGGUUCCAGCUCUACAACCUUUCAGGACUCUACAACAGAGUCCGUAACUGUGUCUUCUGAGACAAUGGGUCUCAACCUCCCCAGCGACAGCAUCGCCGUGCUGACAUCUUCAUCGGAUCCUUAUGAGGACUUCCGACGGUCAAUGAAGGAAAUGGUGGAAGACAGACUGCACCAUCAUCAGACCAUCGAUUGGGAAUUCAUGGAAGAGCUGCUCUUCUCCUACUUGAAUCUGAACGAGAAGAAGUCAUACAAGUACAUACUCGGCGCCUUCGUAGACAUGGUCGUUACUCUACGCCAGAAUUCCCAGACGGCUCCGGCAAAGGCGGGUAAAGAUUCCGGGGACCGGAGAAAGGAGAAGGAAAGGAGAUGUAACGUAAGAACUGAGUCGUUGGUUUCAUGA